AUGGAACGGAUUAGACUACCACUGAAGCGGCACAAGAUCGAGCAAGAGGGAAAAGGCUGGAGAGGCAGAGAGCAGAAGAAGGUGGAUCUGAAACGAUUUGUGGAAAUGUUUGUCAACCAAGCCUUGAAGGAGAUGAAGGAAGCACUUGGGAAAUUCCAUUCUAUUUCCGAAAUAGUGUGCAGAAGGGAAUUGAGCGUGUUUUUCAAACAGAAGGCUGCAGACUUUGAAUGUUUGUUUCUACUUAUAAGUGGAGUUGAGUACCUGAAAGAGGCAAAUUCAAACAGACAUAGGAUGGAGAAGAUCAAAGAUGUAGAUGGGGAAUAUGUGAUGAUGGCGGAUCGACUUGCACAUCUGUUUGGAUCCUUCAAGUCGAUGAUUGUACCCAAGAGUGAUGUCUUUACCUCACUCCAGACGGUUUACAACAGCAGCUAUCUUCUUCCAAGUCUUGUUGGAGAUAGUACUGAGCAUGAGGUGGCAAGCUUCGAAGAAAUCAAUAGAAUCACCCGAAUGUACUUGGACAAGGAGGAUCUGUCUGUUUAUGACAGUGUUGUGAUUGAUCGAGGUAUUACAGUUCUGUCGACCAGAUUUUUUUCGUUUAGCCUUGCAUUAUGUGGAGAGAUAUCCAGGCCUGAAUGGAAACUGAUCAAUGUCAGGGGAGAUAACGAGGUCUUCAACCGCCACCUUCUGUUUGGUAUGCCCCAUCAAAUAGACAAGAUAUCGAGGUUUCUGAGGGUCUAUGAGGCACACACGAAGGCCCGGGAUAUAUUUCUGAUGGUGAAAAGAUCUUCCGAGCGCAUAGAACUGAGUAUAAAGGGCCACUACAAGAGAUUUGAGGUUUCUUUUCACGUGUUCAAGAUGGCAGUGCAUGUCGAAUGCAGCGAUAUUAACGGGAAGUUGUUUAUAGAAGAAGAUGUGUUUCCUUCUGGAAAGAAUGUGGUAGAGUCGUUUGAAAGUAGAGUUUCGGAGUAUCUCUGCAGGGACGGAAGGAAUGCUUCUUUUAGUUUUGAAAAGGGAUUUGUAGCUCUUGGAGAUGAAGAGAUCCAAACCUUCAGAAGUUUUACAGACCUAGAUGUCUUCUUGGAAAGAAAGAAAGAAAAUUCCAGCUUUUAUAGCUUUUUUGAGGAAAGAUUUCCCUGCUACAGAAACCAUAGGACAAACAUGUUUGGGGAUAGAAAUGUCUUCAUUAUAGAAAACGGGCUUUUUGUGUGCAUCCGUCUGGUGAGAUUUGUAGAUAGCCACAUGGAGAUAAAGGUAAUAGUUGGGAGCUGUGAACUGGUAGACUUUCCGAGUUAUACAGAAGUCAUCAUGGAAGAGGACGAUAGAGGAGAGAUAGUGGGGAUUAUAAACGGAGGAAAGGUAAAGCAAUCGACGAUCAAGACCGAAUCAUUGUGCAAAUACUUUGAAAAAGGCAUGGAGCUUUUGUUUCUUUCCUAUAGGCUUCUCCCGAUGAUCAACGGAAAGAUUAGUGUUGGAGAACAAAUCUUGCUGAACCAUAGAGUCAAGAAUACACAAAUUGAUAUUUAUAUAGAGAAGAGGGAGGAGAAGUUUAUUGUUACAACAAGCAGAUUUGGGGCAAGGACAGCCACAACCUCAGGGGAUGUUCAUAACUGUGUUGCUUUUGCGUUGCUUCUAAUGGAUAUCUUUACAAGCUCAAAGGAUUCGGAGCUAUUGAAUGUUAUCUCGAUUGACCUUUUCAAAGGAACGACGUUGAGAAUUUCGGGUCUUCCCGUGUCUCUUAAGCUGGACUGUUCAAAAUCCCUCAAGGCAAGUCCACUGGCUGUGAAUUGUGGACUAAGAAACAGUUCUAUCCUUGGGGCCCUGGGCCUUCUAUACUGUUUCCAUGGGUUCUUUUCCAAUGGGCUUGUACCUACAGCUUCCACACCCACAAGUCUGAUAUUUGUGUUUAGACACCUGUUCAAAGGGCAUGUGAAGGUAAAGAUGGUUGAUAGAACUAAGUACAUGGUUUCUCUGAAUGGAGGUAGAAUUAAGGACGCUCUUGGAGGCUUUGGACGUGAGAUAUCUAGCAUGGACACGUCUUUUCCUCGAAAGCUAUCUUCCUUCUACUUCAAGGAAAAGAUUGGAUUAAUAUCCGAUGUGGCAAGGAAGAGUUAUAAAAUAACUGCCAGUGAAAGCGAGGUGAGCAUUUCAACAGCCUGUGGAAACUUCAAGAUCUAUAUCGAAGAUUGCAGAUGUAAAUUUCAGAUCUGCUCCAUCAACACAGUCGAACCAAGCGAUCAGUUCAUAGAAGCCAUCAGCGAGUAUUUUGGAGAGGCUAUGAGUGAAGGAAGAGAUAUUCCUAGUUGUAUAAAGCUUUUAGACAGUUCAGAAGAACUUAAGAGACUGUUUGAAAACAUUGAGUCGAAGAGAAAAGGGAAUUACAGUAACUAG